AUGGUGUUCAACAAGAAUUUGGUUUUGCUGAUGGUGUGCAUGUCGGCCGCCAUGGUGUCUUGCCAAGUGCCCGCGAUCGGCGGAUGUCCGGAAUUCGACUCACACCCAGACUUCGAUAUGAACAGAUACUUGGGAACAUGGUACGAAGCCGAACACUACGUAAACAUCUUUGAGCUCGGAACUCGUUGCGUGAAAACCAACUACACGAAAGCCGUCGACGGUAGAUACCUUGUUUCCAACGAAAUCAUGAACAGAUUCACCGGGGUGAAACGCGUAUUGGAUGGUGAAAUCAGAUUGAUCGUCAAAGGAGCUGAUUCAAAAAUGAACGUCAAGUACACAACAUUGCCAAUCUCUUACUCCACCGAACAAAUGAUUUUGGAAACCGACUACGAUUCCUUCGCCGUCGUUUGGUCUUGCUCGUCUUAUGGAGUGGCCAACACACAAAACGCAUGGAUCAUGACUCGUGAAAAGUUAGCUCCGGGUACCGUCAUGCAGAAGGCCUACGGAGUGUUGGACAAGUACAAGUUGAGCAAGAGUUACUUCCGCAAGACAGACCAGAACAGCUGUGCCAUCGCCGAAGCUGCACCCAAUGAGGCCAGCACCGAGAACAAGUGGCGAAGGAGGAGAAGCUUGAACUGA